CCGAUUUAAUUCCCACUGGCUUCCCAAUCCGCGCAAUCCUGCCGUCGCUGCCCCUCUUUUUUUUUUGUUCUGACUUAUCCUUUUUAUCCUUUUCGUUUCCUGACUUUUCUACCGGGGCUCGUUCUUGUUGAUCCUCCUCGUUAAUUAAAACCGCCGUCUCGCCCCGUCCCCUCCCGCGACUCUUUUCCCAAGCUUCUCCUCGCCGUCUACUCUUCCUUCCCGCCCUCACCAGCCUCUCUCUUCCGUGAGAGAGGUUUCUGCGUGGUCAAUGUUGUCAAUGCAGAAAAGCUCCGCCUUCGUCCUUUCGCCCUCCUCCUCCCUCAACGGCGACCAACAUCGUCCGCAACAGCUGCAUCCUCACCAUCCACACCAUCCGCACCACCCUCAUCAGCAGCAGCAGCAUGCCAUCAUCCCGUCCAACUCCACUCGCCCCGGCAGCAUCUCAGAAAUCCCCGCCUUCGACUACCCGCUGAUGGACGACUCUUCCGUAUCCCAUCGGGCCAGCAUCAGCACCGACGAAAAUUCCAACGACUCGCCCGAAUCCUGGGAUGGCGAGGGUCCCUCCGACAGUUCUCCCGUCGCCGACGUCGAGGUGAAGAUCCACGACAUCACCCAUCCGCUCGCCGUGGCCUCCGCCAAAGCCUUCCAGUUCAGUAUGGUCGCUCCGCACGAUUCGGACCUGUCGAUGGGCGACGUCACGCCCAAGGUCGAGGAGGUGGACGAUGCGGAUGAUUUACAAAGUAUCAAACCUAUGGGUGUGGAUCCCAUGGCCAAUGCGGACUCUACCCAUCCGGAUUCCACGGCUCUUCCCGUCAACGUUCCACGGAAACGUGGGCGACCGCGCAAACAUCCUCUCCCAGCGCCCGGAGGUCAGGUCAAAAUCACCAAAGGUCGAUCCAAGACCGGCUGUAUAACGUGUCGCCGACGGAAGAAGAAAUGUGACGAGACCAAGCCAGCGUGCUUGAAUUGUCAGAAAAAUGCCGUCGUCUGUGAAGGCUAUCCUCCGAAGGAGAUCUGGAAGAGUGGGAAACAGAAGCAGGAAGAUGCAGCUGCCCGAUGCCAAACGAUGAUCUCCCGUGCCCUGCCAUUCCUGAUCGACGGGAUCGAAAGCGAUAUCGAUCGACGCUUUCUGGACCAUUUCGUCUACGGCUUCAGUCGUGUCCUGACGCUGAUCAACGACGACUCCAACCCGUUCAAGGAGAUCCUCCUCCCCAUGGCGACCCAACAUCGCGGCUUGAUGCAUUCCCUCAUGUGUCUGUCGGGGUCACACCUGUCCGGGCUAGAACCCGAGCCGCGAGUUAUCGAGCGUAAAUACCACCAUUUCCAUCGGGCGAUCCGGGAUCUGAAGAGUAAUAUCACGGCGUCGUCGAAAGGUGGGGAAGAGGAGCCGGAGUUGCUGGUGGAAGACCCGAUCAUUGCGUCGACGAUCGCCCUGAGCCUCAAUACGAUCUGCGAGGGAGAGACCAAUGGUGAAUACCGGCCGCAUAUGGAUGCUGCGAGAUACUUGCUGGUGACGCAAAAACCCCGGAACGAGAAGUUCCGACAGUUCAUCGUCGAGUUCUUUCAGUACCACGAUGUGUCCAACUCCAUCACUUCUUUGGACCGACGUCCCGCCCAUCUCAACGGCGACCUGAGACUGCCCGACUUCGUUCCUCAUGCACAGGCCGGGAUGUUUCUGGGGGUGUUCGACGGUCUGUUCAACUAUAUUUCCGAGGUGACCAGACUGCGCGACCGUAUCCGUCAGCGACACAACGAAGGGUACGAACCGGCCGUUGAUUAUCAGAUCCUGAGCGAGGCCGUCUCGAUCGACUCGGCCAUCCGGGCCUGGGAAACAUCCCAUCCCCCCAACACCCCGAACUGGGCCCUGGCUCAGCUGUAUCGGCAAUCCACCUGGGUCUACCUAUAUCGCACGAUCCGGCCCUCGCGACCGAGCGAGAAAAUUGCCCGAGUGGUGGACGACGGUCUCUCCUUUCUGGAUCAGCUGCCACGCGAUGCUGGUGCCUACAGCAUCGUGCUGAUGCCGCUCUUCUUGCUGGGAUGUUCUGCAUUCGUGCCCGAGCAGCGGGAGCGGAUCCAGAAGGGAUUCGAUUCGCUCAAGGCCUACUCCAACCUGCGCAAUAUUCAGCCGGCACUGACCGUGGUGGAAAAAGUGUGGGAGGUGAUGGACAGCGACAUUGAAGACAGCUGGGACUGGGAGAAAAUCAUCAAGUCCAUGAACAUGGAUUUUCUCAUCACUUGAGACGGGCUGUGGCAAUUAUCUACUGCGGACGUUGCAUUUUACGUGAUUGCAUAUUAACGAGGUGCUGGUUAUGAUUUGUUUUCUUUUUUUUUUCGAUUCUUCUUUCUUCGUGAUGAAUCUUCGACGUGGACUGGUUUUCAACCAAUCCUCUGCAGAGUCACCACCAGAAGGUGGUGACUUCGGCGUUGUGUCAAUGCAUGCAUGUCAUCAUUUCUCUUCUCCUGUCUCUAUUUAUAUGGGCCACCCUUUUUUCUUUUAUUUCUGGAUUGGAUAUGGCGAUGGAACUGGGAUUGGAUGGAAUUGGCAGUGAACAGGGCCAAAGGACGAGGGAUCAUAUACUUCUACGCAGACCGGCGUCAGGCAUGGAAUUUGCAGUGCCUUUCUCGUAUAUUAUUCUUGUCCAAAGCACCCACGGGAGUCAUGACGGGGGAAAUUGGGAUUGUAUUUCUAGGUGUAUGUGUUAAUGAUUGGAAG